ACUUGUUUCAAAGUACCAAAAAAAAAACUUAUCAGUUUAUAUUAUUUUGGAGUAGUUUAAAAAAACCAGUUUUGUUUUUGAGCAAAGAAAAAAACGUGUGUGAAGUUUUUUUAUGUGUGUUUUUAUUUUUGAGACUUUACAAAAACAGUUAUAAUGUCGAAUCAUGGAAUAAUCGCAUCAUCACGGAUAUCUGAACCAAAAGAUUUCCCGGAUAUUAAAAAAGAACCAGAUAGUUCAUCACCAUUGUUAACACCCCCACAUACACCCACAUCCGAUUCACCGUCAAGUAGUAUGAUGAUGACGUCAGCGUCACCGUCAAAUCAUGCGCAGCAUCAUCAAUUACCGGCACCGCCAAAAGAACAAUUACAACAAAAUUUUGUAUGGAUUAAUAACCAAUAUCAUCCAACUACCUAUGAUAUUACUUAUCACCAUCAUCCCCAAAGAUUACAACCCUCUACGUAUUAUCAUCAUCAACAAUAUCAUCAUACACAUCCAGCAUUUCAUCCAUAUUCUGCGGCACCAUCCUCAUCAGCCGCAAAUCAUCAUGGGUCCACAAAUUUUAUGUUAAUGAAUCAAUGGUUACGAAAUGCUGCGCAUAAUUAUUAUGGAAAUACAAAUUUACCGCCAGUUCCACCUGCCGUACAAACUGCAGCCCCAGUUAAUCGAUUACCAACAGGACGACCACCAAUGCCAGCUAAAGCAACAACAGCCGCUUCAUUACGUCCAAAAAAACAAUUUAUUUGUAAAUAUUGUAAUCGGCAAUUUACUAAAUCGUAUAAUUUAUUAAUUCAUGAGCGCACACACACCGAUGAGCGGCCGUAUUCCUGUGAUAUUUGUGGAAAAGCUUUUCGACGACAGGAUCAUUUACGAGAUCAUAGAUAUAUUCACUCAAAGGAAAAGCCAUUUAAAUGUACGGAAUGUGGCAAAGGCUUCUGCCAAUCAAGAACAUUAGCAAUCCAUAAAAUCUUACACAUGGAAGAAUCACCGCAUAAAUGUCCCGUUUGUGGCCGCACCUUUAAUCAACGUUCAAAUUUACGAACACAUUUAUUAACACACACAACAUCACAAACUGUACAAAAAUCACAACAAAUUGAUUGCCAAGUUUGUCGACAAUCGUUCCAUAAUCGUGAUGAAUUAACACAACAUGAAUUAACCGUUCAUUACAAUCAUAAUUCACAAGAAUCAAUUGUUACAUCAUCCACGACUACAUUAUUAGAUUUAUCAUCGAAAACUUCAGGGAAAAUUGUUGAAUCACCGUCAGCGCUUACAACCCCUGUACCUAUUGUUAAGAAGAAGCCAUUAGGGUUUUCAAUUGAGGAUAUUAUGCGUCGGUAGAUUGAGAUCAUUUAGUUUUUUUUGUCGUUCAAACCAAAGAUAAUUCCAAAAUAAUUUUAGAAAAACCAAAACAGUAUUAAGUUUAAACCAUUUUACUUGAAAGUAUUAGAUUUUUUUAGCGGGGGU